ACUCCCUAAUGCCAACAACCUACAGAUUCCAGUUCUAUGACUCUGGUCUGAAGUAAGCAAGGAACAGUACAUUAGGAAGAACCGAACAUCAACCCUACAUAGUGUGUUUCUGUGAAGCAGAACUUUGUUUAAAGGUUUAUACUUACCUAGGUAUAAGUAUUUCUGCUUCCCGUUGGAGACAGUUAUUCAGCCUCUAUGGCCUUUCACGAUCUUCUGAAUCUGGUCGGAGGCAUGGGGAGAUUUCAAAUCCUUCAGAUGGCUUUCUUUCUGAUCUGCAAUACGAUACUGUCACCUCAUGUACUAUUGGAAAACUUCACUGCAGCGAUCCCUGGUCAUCGAUGCUGGGUCUCCAUCCUAGAUAGUGGCAACGUCUCUGACAAUGACAGCAGGAUCCUGAGCCAAGAUGACCUCCUGAGAAUCUCCAUUCCCUUGGACUCCAACCUGAGGCCAGAGAAGUGUCGUCGCUUUGUUCAACCACAGUGGCAUCUCCUACAUUCUAAUGAUACCUUCUUCAAUGUGACAGAGCCAGAUACAGAGCCCUGUAAGGAUGGCUGGGUGUAUGACCAAAGCACUUUUCUCUCCACCAUUGUGACUGAGUUUGUUUAUAUUGUGGAUUACAUUGAUGGAUUCCUGUAUGUUGCACCACCCUGUAUGCCUACUUGA